AUGAUUACCGACAAUGAGCUCCACCGUCUCGCCGUCUUUCUCGGCUCCUGCGCAAUGAUGUUGAUCGUCCUUUACCACUUCCUAGAAGUCAACGCCAAAGAAGACGAAGAUGAGGCUGCCACUACACUCAAGAGCUCUAAGGGCGGCCCCACAGAUUCUCGCACAGCAGCUACUACGGCGACCGCGGGCGGUUCUUUAUUUGUUAUCGUGACGGAUUAUUGA